GCUAAGACAGAAACUGAUAUUUCUAAUCCAGAUGAAAAUAGACAAGAGUGCCCUAUUUCAGAAUAUAUUAGAUCUCUAAUUCAGAUGGAAAUAGAUAGGAUUGCUACCACAAUACUCAGUAUAUCACCUUCAUAUUCAGAGCCUUCAAAUUUAAUUAGGUUCAGUAAUUCUGCUUCAGUUAAAAGUCUACAAGCCCAAAUUAGAUCAAGAAUACCUUAA